UGCGCUGUUUAAUUUGAAUUUGUGUUUGUAAAUCAAUUAGUGAGUAAAAAGUGUUUUGCUUUCGUAUUUGCAAGGCCCCUGCACAUACAUACAUACACAUACAUACAUAGCGUUGAACUAAACCUGCUCCCGGUAAACAAAAGCAAAAUGAAAACAAACGUCGCCGCUGCUGGCUACGCCAUUCGAACAACCAACGCGCAGCAGAGCACUCGAAUAUUCACAUCCACCCCAACAAAUAGUCGUCAGCGCACGGAAAUUACUUCGCCACUUUUCUAUAACAGCGUAGGUGCAGUCGAGGCGGCUGACAAGGGCGGUGGCGUGGGCGUGACACUGGCAACCUUCGACCCACGGCUGAAGAAAGCGGCCCUACUUCUGGGCAUACUCAUCAUUGGAUACAAGAGCGUCAUUCUAAGCAUGCCGUACAUCAACGCAGGCAGCGUUCAACAGUUGACGGGCUAUGUGCAGGGUCAAUGGAGCGAGGCCUUGGAAUGGACUGAGAGCCACCAACUGGUCUGCAAGCUGAGCCCACUGUUGUGUGGCCUCAUUGUGGCCACAUUCGCCUACGGGAUGGUCUACUUGGACAGCGUAGUGCCGGGCGUGACGCCUCCCUCGCCCUUCUCGCCAAUUUCGAAACAGCGUUUCCGGCAGCAAAAGAGUGCGUCACUGCACUUGGGCUAUCUGUGCGCUCUAUUCUCUGGAUUGCUGGUGACGAUCUUUAUCUACUUUGAUCUUUAUGAUUAAAAUCAGAGCAAAGCCCUCUCCUCCUUCCAUUAAGAAAAUCAAUUAACAGUAUUAGAUGUAACUUUAUUUCUUUUGUAUUUCCUGUGGAAUCUGUAUUUUUAUUUAUUUUAUAUGUUCGUAACUGAAGUGUAAAUGUGUAAGGCUCUCGAGGAGUCAGCCAAGUGAA